AUUGUACGAAACAAUGUAUAAUGUUUAUUGAGUCAUUGUAGAACUACAUUUGCAGUUACACUAUUUAGCUACAAGUUAAGCAGCUGACAUCUCUCAGUGAGUAAAAAUUAGUUAUGUGCGGAUCGGUAUGGAAAUAUCGACACCUCCGAUAGCAUAUUUUAAUGCUCUAAAAUCGAUUCUCAAAUGAAAACAUCGAUACUUUGAUACUUCAGUCAUUUGAGGUAAUGUAUAUCAUUGACAGGAACACGGGAAAAGUCAUGAAAUGGCUGAGAUCUUGUCUAAAUGAUAUGGGGCUGGUGGGAACUACUUUUUCAAUCUGUCUUCCACCGAGGUAAGAAAGCGCAGCGGCACACUGCUCAGCCAGUCUGUAGUCUGUUGAAAGAUGGCCGACUCUAAACGGAACCAUGUGUGAAUUGUGUCCAGGGUGUACCCCGCCUCUCGCCCAAAGCCAGCUGGGAUAGGCUCCAGCAUACCCUCGCGACCUUUGUGAGGACAAGUGGUAUAGAAAACGGGUGGAUGGAUCGACUGCCCCCCACCCCUCCCUACCAACCACCACAAAUAGAUUGCAAUCCCGAAGGAAAUACUGAUCACAAUCUAGAAAUAUAAUGCUAACACAACUAAAAAAAAAAACCCACAGAUAAAUAUAAAAAAAACAUAAAAGAAAACUGAAAAACAUGGAUGUCAUCACACGCAUAUCGACCCGAUACUGAUACUGGAAUCAUCACUGUGAUCAUUUUGUGAUGAAACUGGAAACCACACCGAUCUGGGCUGUAGUGUGAUGUGGAAACAUCUUUAUGGAUAAAAUACACCACACAUAGUAUAUAUUUAAAGCAAAAUCGGUGUUGAAUACACAACGUCACGUGCGGCCAUACUCGCCUGUUUAGGCAGGUAAAGCUGUGAUCCAAGAUGAGUGAUACACAGUCAAAACAUGAUGAGGAGAAGUGAUCUCAGAUGAAGGCUGCUUUCAGCAACGCGUGGGCCCGAGGCUGCCUUUGGAUUAAAUUAGAGAGAAGUACUUGGGAACAAUACAAUGGUCCUUUCUAACUCACGCUAAUCCUUGUUGGUAUUACAAGCGGUUUCAUAUGACUCCACAGAGAAAAGGCGACAAGCGGCACACAGAAGAACCGUUUCGCUACAGACUACAGAAAACAACAAAGAGAAAUGUCAGCGAUAAAUGUUCGAGUUACGAGCAUGGACGCUGAGCUGGAAUUUGCCAUCCUGCCCAGCACCACUGGCAAACAGCUUUUUGAUCAGAUAGUGAAGACAAUCGGGCUGAGGGAAACUUGGUUCUUCGGUCUGCAGUAUCAGGACAGUAAAGGAUUUUCCACCUGGCUUAAGCUCAACAAGAGGGUGACAGCUCAAGAUGUGAAGAGACACAACCCGUUGUUGAUUAAGUUCAGGGCCAAGUUUUACCCUGAGGAUGUUGCAGAAGAACUCAUCCAGGAGGCAACACAGCAUCUUUUCUUUCUGCAGGUUAAAGAGAGCAUCCUAAAUGAUGACAUCUAUUGUCCACCUGAGACCGCCGUGCUGUUGGCCUCUUAUUCGGUCCAGGUCAAACAUGGAGACUUCAGGAAAGACUACCAUGUACCAGGCUACCUAACAAGAGAAAAGCUGUUGCCCCAAAGGGUUUUAGAGCAGCACAAACUGAAUAAGAAUGAGUGGGAGGAAAGAAUCCAAGUGUGGCAUCAAGAGCACAAGGGAAUGCUGAGGGAGGACGCCAUAGUGGAGUACUUGAAGAUAGCCCAGGAUCUAGAGAUGUAUGGGAUCAACUACUUCAGCAUCAAGAACAAGAAAGGAACGGAGCUCUGGUUGGGAGUGGAUGCCCUGGGCCUCAACAUAUAUGACAAAAAGGACAAGUUGACCCCAAAGAUUGGCUUCCCCUGGAGUGAGAUCAGAAAUAUUUCUUUCAAUGACAAGAAGUUUGUCAUUAAACCAAUUGACAAGAAGUCUCCGGACUUUGUUUUCUAUGUACCUCGUCUGCGCAUCAACAAACGUAUACUGGCGCUGUGCAUGGGAAAUCACGACUUGUACAUGCGCAGACGUAAACCUGACACCAUCGAGGUGCAGCAGAUGAAGGCCAAAGCCAAAGAGGAGAAGAACAAGAGACAGAUGGAGAGGGCUCUGCUCGAGAGUGAGAAAAAAAAGCGUGAAAAUGCCGAGAAGGAAACAGAGAAGAUUGCUCGUGAGACCAUGGAGUUGAUGGAGAGAUUGAGACAGAUUGAAGAGCAGACAAAGAGAGCUCAAGAUGAGCUGGAGGAGCAGACUCGCAGGGCUCUCGAGUUAGAGAAGGAGAGGACACUCGCACAAGAAGAAGCUGAGAGCCUGGACAAUGACCACAGAGCUGCCAUGCAGGCCAAAGCAGCCCUGCUACAACAUUCUCAGUCUGAGAUGAGAAGUCAGGAAGAACUGGCCACUGAGCUGGCAGAGCUUACAACGAAAAUCUCCCAGCUGGAAGAUGCCAAAAAGAAAAAGGACGAGGAGGCAAUGCGAUGGCAGAAAAGGGCGAUGAUGGUAGAAGCUGAUCUGGAGAGAACCAAAGAGGAGCUCAAGAUGAAAAUAAUGGGGAUCCACAUCCAGGAUUCGCUUCACCUUCACAUGCAUGAUCAUGACGAGACAGAUGAGAGCAGCGCUGAAGCAAGUGCCGAGCUGAUGUCUCCUGACACGGUCCGCGAUCGCAGUGAAGAGGAAAGAGUAACAGAGGCCCAGAAGAACCAGAGACUGCAGAAGAACUUGAAGUUCCUGAGCGCCGAGCUGGCUCAAGCUGUAGAUGAGAGUAAAAAGACCCCCAAUGACCUGAUCCACGCUGAGAAUGUGAAGGCAGGCCGUGACAAAUAUAAGACCCUACGUCAGAUUCGUCAGGGCAACACCAAGCAGCGCAUUGAUGAAUUUGAGUCCAUGUGAGAAAAGUCCACUGUGUAUGGAAUGAAUAAUAAAGGAUCGCUAAUUGAAUUGGAUCAAAUAGAGAAACAGAUAUAAUAUUAGUAAUGUAAAAGAUAGAUGAAAAGCCUGAACACAACAACAACACAGCAAAAAGGAUAAGCAUGCGCAAGUACAAAUUGACAGCGUGGACACUGACAGGGUGAACGAAAAUACAUUUCUCGGGGUCAUAAUAGAUAUGAACUGGAAAUCUCACAUUAAAAAUAUACAACAUAAAGUGGCAAGAAAUACCUCAAUACUAAAAGUAAAAUUUGUUCUGAACCAAAAAUCACUAAAACGCUGUAUUGUUUACUGAUAUGACCAUACCUAACUUAUUGUGUGGAGAUAUGGGGUAAUCACUAUAAAAGUACACUUCACUCACUGUCAAUGCUACAAAAAAGGGCAGUUAGCAUAAUCAAUAAUGCCGCUUAUAAGGAACAUACAAACCCUUUAUUGCUAAAGUUACAUUUAUUACAAUUUGCUGAUGUGGUAGACUUUCAAACAGCUAAAAGUAUACAUAAAGCUAACAAUAACCUGUUACCCAAAAACAUAAAACAAUUCUUCUCAACAAGAGACACUUACAUGCACGGAGAACGCUAAAAAUCUUCAGCAUUUCAGUAUAUGGAGUGAAAUUAUGGAACGGAUUGAGCAAGGAACUCAAACAAUGCACUAGAAUGUGGGAUUUUAAGAAACAGUACAAGCAGUUGACGUUCAUAAAGUACAAGGAAGAUACAUACAAUGCUAAGUCUAAUCACUCUCACACUGACCACUGACUCUUCAUUUCUGGUGAGUACAUUGUCUAUACUCACUCAUUAUCCAACUGUUUCUGUCGACUAUUAACCCUUUUAUUGGUUAUUAUCGAUUUGUUAUUAUUAUUGAGCCUGCUAUAUAAUUUAUUUGCAGUAAGUAUAUACCAUGACUGUCAUUGCACCAUGUUGUUAUAUUGCCUUACCACUUUCCUAUGUAUGCACAAUCGGCAAAGACUGCAUUUGGAAAACAGGAGGUGAACAAAUGAAUUGCAACUGAUGUGAAACGGAUGAGGGGUAGGAUUAAAUAAGCUUUGCUAAGUGAAACUGUGGACUGUACCGUGUGAUGCACUCAGGUGUAACUUGUAUGCAUGUUCCAAACGAAUUAAACCAUUAGCAUUACCAACAACAAAUAAUAUCCAGGCAUAUCCAUUUUAUGUAGAUUUAAUAUCCUUGAUUUUCUUUCUUAUAGUAUUAGUCAAAACUAAGCAUUAUUAUCCCAUUAAAGGCGGAAUUUCUGACACAGAUAUUGUAUUGGAUCUCAUUUGGUCAUGCAAGCGUAUGUUAUCAAUGUAGUUCUUUCUAGUUUAUACACUUCUUCUCCUGAAAUGUCCUUAGGUAAACUUUGAUGCAGCCCGGCAUUUAAUGUCAUACAUAUAUUCUCACAAAAUGCGAAUUGCCAUUUUCUUUAUCACCAUUAAAAUGCACCGAGACCCCAUCUGUUUAUUGACGGCGCAUCACAGUUUCCAUAUGAACGGGUUUGCAUCACCUUUGAUGUGUCAAUUAAUGCAUGUCACCAAAUUCAAAAGUGAAAUUAUCACCUUUGAAGAGAUACUUGUUAAUGUUAAUAUAAAACAUAAUGGAUAACUUUUUCUGUCAUUGUUGUAGGAAAACUCUAGACUUCAUCAUCAUUUUCCAAACUAUUGCUUGUGCUCUCUUGUUGCGUAUCCAGCAUGAGGUGACCCCUGUUUUGCUUAAAUGCUCUGUUUGUAGUUUGAAUUGCUCCACUACAAUUAGCACUCCCUUGUAACUCACCCUUGUUUCGGUAUCAUGGCUACCGCCACUUUCAUCAAUGUCGUCUACCCAAGAGUGGGGAUCAUGCUCUGCUUCAGAAUGUCAGGGUACAUAUUGGAAUUGAAAUGUUUCCCUCAGUGAACCGCAGCUCCCUCUUUGCAGCCCCGGACCAUGAUGCUACCACUGCCAUGCUUGACUGUAGGGAAGACACAAUUCCAGUAGUUUUCUCCCCACGUCUGUUGCCAGUUAUUUAGACCAGUGAUCCCCAACCCCCGGGCCGAAAGAAAAAAUUAUUUACAUGAUGUUUUAUUUUGAAAAGUGGACGGAUUCUCUCUGUUAUAUCCGUCUCACUUGACGCAUGUCCAUUGUGCGUGUGCUAACUUUCUCUCGCCGCACAGAUAGACUACUACAGUAUUUUUAGCAUUUUUCUUUCACCUCAUAUUUGGUCUCAAAUGCUGAUACUAUGUGGGAAUGCAUAAAGGUAAGUUUUGAUGUCUUAUUGAGUGCUAAUGUGCACAUUUGUCUCAAGUGAAUUCAUGCUAGCACACUGCCUUUUACCACACACGUCAACCAGCGAUGUAAGAAUCUCCAGAGAUAAGAUAAAUUAGAUCGCUAUGAUGUACGAACCUCAUUUUUUGUCUGCUAACUCCUCUCAAACCAAUCCAGUGUCAAAAUCUUGAGGACAUUCGGGAUCCGUUGACUACAGUAUCUAUCAGGACUAGGUUUGGGCGUCAUUUGAAUUUUAAUUUUUGUUUCCUGGUUCAGAUUCUGAUUCCUCUUUCCUCUUCCUAACCGGAGUACUCUUAAAAUAAGUAAACAGCAUGUAGCCCAAGGCGCUCUUAAUUUGAAGUCGGCCGGAAGUAUGUUGUGUGGGUUGAGAAGGUCCCUUGACUGUUGCUAACAGAGAUGGACAACGCAAAUGAAUAAACUAGCCGUAGCGCCCGUCUUUUAUUUCCACCAAACAUCCACAUCAGCUGGCUUACUCUCGAUGACAUUGGCUUGAGACAGACGUCAUUUGUUGUUUGACUCCCUUGAUUCCGAUUGCCGACGUAGCGCGUCAAAUACGAGGUACUCUGUUAGAUCCACACCAUGAAUGUGUGAACAUUAAUCAUGUUGGUCGUGCAUCCUCCUUUUCAUGUAACCCAUCUUAUUGUAUUGCCACCACUCCAGUUGCAGCAAAACCUCCUUUUUUGCUUCAAACAUGCUGUUUUCAUUGUUCCGUGAGCUGGUAAAUAUAUGUCUGUUGACAAUAAGGUACCACAUAACUCAAAAAAUACAGACACAUGAGACGUUACUGAUAUUAUUAUUAUAUUAUUAUAUUAUUAUAUGUUGUUGUGCUCUGCCGCCAUUGCUUUAGAGGCAUCUGCCUGCAAGGAGACCUCCUUCACAGCCUCUACAUUUGUAAUCUGGGAGACUCAGUGCUGCUGCCAUGUAAACUUCACAGUCUCAAUAGGCAGAGCUGCUGGAGGUUUUCUAAACUAGAGUUGUGCUGUAGUUUAGCAAGCGCCUCCACAACAUCUUUGCUUAUUGCUUCUCAAGGCUCCAUUUUAAACAGCGACGCAUCAGAAUCACUGCUCUUCGCAGUUUGCACUCAGCUAUUAGGUACUGUAGCUUGGAAACCUGCAGAAGCACAUCUUUAAGUCUAUACUUUCCACACAGACACAGUAAAAACAAUUGAUUUGAUGACAUUUGUUGAUAAUUCUGAAUUUUCUUAAGUGGAUUUGGAUAUCAUUAAGUCAAUGAAACUUCUUGUUCAGUGAUUUAUUCAAUUUAGCAAAAAGACAUGGGGUUUAUCCCGUUUGGCCCCGUCUUUGCAUUGUCACGUGAUUCCCCCAAUGUCUCCACUUUGUUGUAGUUUUUAGCCAAUCAAUCUACAGUAUAUAUCCAAACAGGGUCUGGUUGACGAUUUCCAAAAAGCCUCAUAGAGACAUCUUUCCAUUUGGUCCAGCCACAUUCUUGGCCAUAAAUAUGACACCUAGUGUACGUCACAAAAGCAAGUACACCCCUAUUUGCGUAGUUAGAGCAUUGAAAACCUGUUUAAGACCUUCUAAAUACAGUUUUAACAUUAUUAGAGCCCUCUAAACAAGAAAUAACACCCCUUCAGCCACCUUUAUACUCAUAUUACCCAAUAUAGUACACAUAAUAAGAGAAAAUAAGCUAAGUUAAGACUUAAAUAAGACUUGUGCUGGUUUGUGUCGCUAUAACUGUGUUCCCUAGUGAGUGACAGAAAGUGACGUCCGGGGUUAAGAGUUGAGUUUUAGCUUGGUGUGGGUUACUGCAACAACUGUAGCCCGUUUUUUUUUAGUAGGCAUUAUUUGGGAUUAUUGCGCGGGUUGUGAGAUAAUUGAAACCUGUUGAAAAAAAAGCCUGUUGUUCAAGUCUGGUGCUUGUGUGUCUCACAACAUUACAGUAACAUUACUGACACCAAGUGACCAGUAUAGAAUACUACAUUUCAUUCAUUUGAAUGCGUCUUCUGAAUGCCUUAUAUUUGUAUUUUAGUUCAUGUAGCCAUUUUUAUGCUUGAAAAUGCUUAAUUCAGGCAAAACAAAUACAUAAAAUAUGUUUUAAAAUACAUAUUUUUGACAUAUUUUUAUUAGUUGAUAUAUUUUUGAAAAAACUUGAUAGAGUGGAGCCGCAAAUUCGAACUGCUACGUGGGGAGGGAUGACUGUACUGGCAACACAAGGAGGUACCAAGAUAAUUGUGUCUUGGCUCCAGUCAAGCAUGAUGGUAGUAGCAUCAUCGUCUGUGCCGCGGUUCACUGGGGGAAACAUGAACUACAACAUGAACUGUGACAUUGUGAACCAGAGCAUUGUUCCCUCUCUUGGGAAAGUGGGCCGCAUGGCAGUUUUCAAACAUGACAACAAUCCCUUAACACACCUGCAAGAUGACAACUGCCUUGCUUAGGAAACUGAAGUAAAAUCUAAAAAAAUAAAGCUAUACUAUUUUCCAAGCUGUCCGCUGACUACUCGAAAGUAUAGCUUCACUUUGUUGGUUGCUGAAAUGUGAGUGGUGUACUCAGUUUUGUGUAUUCAUCUGUCAUGUUUCGUUCAUUAAAAUUGUUCCUUUAUUUCCCCCACUCAAUUUUGUUUACAAAGCUUUAUUGCAGUGGCGGGUGGUGUAUUUCAUACCUGCGCCUUCACUGGGGACUGAAGGGACCCAAUCUCCCUCUUAAUACCACCACUAUCGCAUCACAAUUAUACAGACCAUCAAUAAUAUACAACAAUGCAACAUAACAAU